AUGGAUUUCAAGGCCUGCUUUGUGAAGUUAAUGGAAAGGAAUUUGAUUCAUCACCCAGCCUCUGUAACAGAACAUCCACAGAGCUCAUGGAUAAAUUCAAAUGGAUCUGUCCCCAUGGCUGUAUGGGCAAGUACCAAAUGUGAAAUAGAUGCAGAUGAGUGCGCUUCACAUCCCUGUAAGAACGGAGCUGCCUGCACUGACCAACCCGGUAAUUACUUCUGCCAAUGCGUGGCUCCAUUUAAAGUGGUUGACAGUUUCUCCUGCUUAUGCGAUCCUGGCUAUGCUGGCCUGAGAUGUGAACAGGAUAUUGAUGACUUUAUCCUGAAUGCCUGUGAGCACAAUUCUACCUGCAAAGAUUUGCAUCUGAGCUACCAGUGUGUAUGCCUGUCUGGCUGGGAAGGAAAUUUUUGUGAGCAAGAAUCCGAUGACUGCAAAACAAAUCCUUGUAAGAACAAUUCCACCUGUAUUGAUCUUUACAAUAGCUAUCGCUGUGAAUGUACAUCUGGAUGGACUGGGCAAAACUGCAGUGAAGAAAUGAAUGAAUGCGACUCUAGCCCAUGCAUGAAUGGAGCUCUCUGUCAUGAAUCUACCAUCCCUGGGCAAUUUGUAUGCCUGUGCCCACCCUUUUAUACUGGAAAAUUUUGCCAUCGACACUAUAACCCCUGUGAUCCACUCACUGACCCUUGCAGAAACAAUGCGACAUGCUUGACUUUGGUAGAUGGAAACCAUUAUUGUGUUUGUAGAGAAGGAUUCGAAGGGGAACACUGUGAAAUUAACAUGAAUGAGUUCUCCCUUUCCUGUCAGAUUUAUGGUGACUGUGAAGCUGGAGUAAACAAGUUCAGGUGUGUUUGCAUUCCCAGGUUUUCUAAACCUCCAUGUGAAAUUGAAACUGAGUGUUCCUCUAAACCUUGCAAAAAUAAUGGAAUCUGUGUGGAUCUGACAAUCAGAUUUGUAUGUAAUUGCAAACCUGGGUAUCAUGGAUCUCUCUGUGACCUGGAUAUGAAUGAAUGUGAAAUCUCACCUUGUAUAGAUGGAGAAAAUUGUAUCAACAGAGCUGGUGGAUACAACUGCCUCUGUGCUCCUGGUUAUACAGGCGUCAGUUGUGAAGUAAAUAUAGAUGAAUGUCUAUCAAUGCCCUGUCUCCAUGAUGGAGCUUGUAUCGAUGGCAUCAAUCAUACCUGUGACUGCAAGAGUGGGUUUUCUGGAACACACUGUGAAAGAAAUGCAAAUGAUUGCCUCUCAAGUCCUUGUCUACAUGGAAGAUGCACAGAUCUCAUCGAGUAUCAAUGUUCAUGUGAUACAGAAUGGACUAGCUCAAGAUGUGAAAUUAAGAUUAAUAACUGCACAUCAAUUCCUUGUAUGAAUGAAGGCUUCUGUCAGAAGUCAGUCCAUGGCUUUAUGUGCGUUUGCCCAAGAGGAUACACUGGUGCAUAUUGUGAGAUCAAUAUUGACAGUUGUUCUGAGCCUGAAUUGAAUUUGCACUUCUGUUUUAAUGGAAGGAUUGGUGUUGAUGGACCUGGACACACUUCUUACUGCAGAUGUCUUCCUGGAUUUUCUGGUCAGUUUUGUGAAGUUAAUAUAAAUGAAUGUCUCUCAUCACCAUGUCUGAAUGGUGCCAGCUGUGAAGAUCACAUCAAUGGAUAUAUUUGUAAAUGUCAACAAGGAUGGUCAGGACAUCAUUGUGAGAAGGAACUUGCUGAGAGCAUCCCCAGCUCAUGUGCUCAUGGAAUAUGCACAGAAACUGAACCUGGCUUCAAGUCCACAUGUUUAAGCAAACCUGGAUUUAUGACAUGCUCCAUUGGGCUUCUUUGUGGUGAUGAAAUAAGGAGAAUUAGCUGUUUAUCUCCCAUUUCUCAAAGAACAGAUGCCAUUUCUACACAAACAUAUACAGUGCCUACUUCUGAGACUUCAAUCAGUAGCUUUCCAUCUGCAAGAGCUACAAGACUAUGGACCAUAAUGAAUACUUAUACAGUUGAUCAAGGUCCAAAACAGACAGACAUUUUCAAGCAUGAUGUUCUCCCAACUGCUGGUUUGUCAUUGUUAAAUAUUGGCAUAUCCUUUGAAAGCUAUUUACUUGAAGAACUAAUUUCUACCAGAGAGUUUUGCGCAAAGACUCUUAUUUCUUCCACAGAUGUUUCCUCUUCUCAUUUUCUGAUUUUGGGUGUUGAUGGCCCAACACAAAUUGUCUGGGGCAAAACAUCUGUAUCACAUAUGCCUAUCCAAACGUCAGUGGUCACACAAGGCUCCUUUAUUCUCAGUAGGGGAGAGAGGACCCCAUUUAUCAUCUGUUCCUUAAUGACAGAUUUUAUUUUUCCUACACAGUCUUUACUAUCUGAGAAUGAUCAUUCUGUUGCCGUAUCUGCUACCAUAAUGAGCUCAGCAAUUAGUCGCAUUCCAGGGGCUGAUACUGAAUUAAACAGACACUUGUUACUCUCCAGUGGAUUCCUGCUCACAACAGCUCCCACAAGCGCACCUCCAGUUGUCUCUAGGGGAGCUCAAGAGGAUACUGAAGAAUAUUCAGCUGUUUCUUUAAUUCCAAGAAAAAAGUACUAGAGAUUGCUGAUCUCAAUGCCUCCCAUUUCUCCUGCUAAGAUAAUUAUAUCUAAACAGGUAGCCAUCUUAAACUCAUCAACCCCACACAGAUUUCCUACACAAGCCCCCGUUCCCAGUGAAUAUCAGGUUAUUACUGAAGCAUCAAGCAACCAGAGGCUCACAAACAUCAAAUCACAGACUGCUGAUUCUUUUAGUGAAUUAAGCCAAACAUGUGCAACAUGUUCUAUGACUGAAAUAAAAUCCUCUCAUAAAUUCUCAGAUCAAGUUUUGUGUCGCAAACAGUCCCACUUUUAUGAGACGUUCUGGAUGAAAUCAACAAUAUUAGCCAGCUGGUCUGCACUAAUGAGAACUCAAAUGAUCACUUCUGGGAGAUCGUUUUCUCCUGUUACUGAAAUAACGCCAUGGGCAUUCACAGAGCUGUCAUCUUUAUUUCCUUCUAAAAAUAGUACAAAAAGGAGAAUGUUAUCCUCAUCCUUGGAAGAAUCCAUUACCUUAUCAAGUAAUUUGGAUGUUAAUUUAUGUUUGGAUAAGACUUUUUUUUAAUCCAUUGUCCCUUGGCAAACUAUCUCUUUAGACCUGAUGAAUUAUAAUUUGACUACAAAACUGACUACUGAUGAUCUGUUAGUAUCAGAAACCAUUUAAAAAAUGUUGACUAUAAGAUGAUAUGGUAUAACUAUGGUUCCUACUGAGUUACUGAAUCAAGAUAACUUAUUGGGCAUGCAAGAGAGUAAAAGAUCUCAUAAACAGCUCAAACUUCACACAAGUGAUAGUUCUUUGGAUUUUGAAUUAGACUUACAAAGUCGUCCAGAAACUAUAUGUGCAAAUGAUCUUGGAAACCACUUGCCAUUGUACAUAUGCUCAAUAUCUGAUUGUUCAGAAGUAUCCUCUAAUGUUGCAUUUUAUACCAUUUCAGCAACUCGGUCACUUCCAGCACAGACCUCUUUCCCCACACCUGUACAUAUGCCAGAUUGGACAUAUUAUACAGAUGAUCUGACUUUACCAUCUGAUUUAAAAGAAGAGUUCAGAGCUUCUUCAGAGUGGUCCAGAUAGGAGCUUCAGCCCAGUGUGCAUGAUUGGGAAUCUUCUGCUGCAGGCCGGAGGCUUCCCAUCACCACAUCUCUUACUUUGUCUUCACUGGAGUCCAUUCCAGCACCUCAUCCGCUGAUGGUUUCUGAUUUCAGCUGUGUUUGUUAUUAUGGAGAUUCCUAUCUAGAAUUUCAGAAUGUAUUUUUAAACCUACAAAACAACAUCUCCCUAGAAUUUCAGACCUUUAGCCCCUAUGGACUCCUGCUCUAUAUCAAGCAAAACUCAAAUUCGGUAGACGGAUUUUUCAUCCAAUUAUUUAUUGAAAAUGGUACUUUAAAGUACCACUUUUUCUGUUCUGGUGAAGCAAAAUUGAAAAGCAUUAACACUACUGUCAAAGUGGAUGAUGGACAAAAGUAUUCAUUGCUUAUCAGGCAAGAAUUGGAUCCAUGUAAAGCUGAGCUGACUAUUCUAGGUAGGACUACAAAAACAACUGAAUCUAUCAAUCGUGUAUCUGGAAAAACCCUGCCAGAAUCAGGGACUGUCUUUAUCGGUGGAUUUCCAAGUCUUCAUGGAGCAAACCAGAUUUCUGGACCAGUUGAGAAUUUUACUGGCUGCAUAGAAGUUGUAGAAGUAAAUAACUGGGGAUCUUUCAUUCCAUCUAAGGCAGUGAAAAAAAUUAACGUUGAUAGUUGCAGAUCCCAGAAUUCUACUCUGUCUGCAACGUCCUCAUUUGUUGCUCCUUCGGAUGGGACAGAAGGGGCUGACGCCAUGGGGACUUCCUCCAUCCCUGCUCCUACAGCACCAUCCAUGUGCCAAGAGGAUGUUUGUCACAACGGAGGCACUUGCUAUCCAGUCUUUCUCUCAAGUGGCAUAUUCUCAUUCCAGUGUGACUGUCCACUACAUUUCACUGGCCGUUUCUGUGAACAAGAUGCAGGUUUAUUUUUUCCAUCUUUCAAUGGGAAUUCCUAUUUAGAACUGCCUUUUCUCGCAAGCAUGAAUGAGUUGGAGGCUGUCCUGGAGAAGAAACAUAACAGAAUUGUUACCAUCUAUUUGACUGUAAAAACAAACACUUUGAAUGGAACUAUUCUCUACAGUAGUGAGAAGAAUUUUGGACAACCGUUUCUCCAUUUAUUUCUUGUGGAAGGAAGACCCACAGUUAAAUAUGGAUGUGGAAGCUCUCAAAACAGCUUGACUCUUUCUGCUAAUUAUAGCAUUAAUACAAAUGCAUUCAUCCCUCUCACCAUACGCUAUUUGAUGCCGGUUGGCAGCCCUGGGGUCGCUUGUAUGAUUGAAAUGACUGCAGAUGGAAAACCUCCAAUAAAGAAGAAAGACACAGAGAUAUCCCAUGCCUCUCAGGUACAUUUUGAAUCAAUGUUCCUCGGCUAUAUUCCAGAAAAUGUUAAGAUCCAUAAGAAUGCAGGCCACCUUUAUGGGUUCAAGGGCUGUAUUCAAGAGCUUCAAGUAAACAACAAAGAGUUCUUCAUCAUUGGUGAAGCACUACGUGGAAAGAACAUUAAGAACUGCCCUGUCCCUGGGUGUGCUCAGCAUCUAUGCGGCAACAACGGCACCUGCAUCAGUGAUAGUGAAAACUGGUUUUGUGAGUGUCCGAAGCCAUACUCAGGCAAGCUGUGCCAGCUUGCAACUUGUGAAAACAGCCCUUGUAGAAAUGGUGCCACCUGUGUUCCUAAAUCCGGGACAGGUAUUGUCUGCCUCUGCCCAUAUGGAAGGUCUGGGCUCCUCUGCACUGAUGCUAUUAAUAUUGCUGAGCCCAGGUUCCAUGGCACGGACCCCUUUGGAUACACUUCAUUCUUGGCUUAUUCUCGGAUCCCAGACAUCGACUUUGAUUAUGAAUUCCACUUGAAGUUUCAGCUGGCAAACAAUCACUCGGCACUGCAAAAUAACUUAGUGUUUUUCACUGGACAGAAGGGCCUUGGGGUGAACGGCGACGACUUCCUGGCAGUGGGCUUGCGCAAUGGCAGCGUGGUGUACAGUUACAACCUGGGGUCUGGCAUUGCAAGUAUCACCAGUGACCCUCUGGAUCUGAGCCUUGAGAUCCACACCGUCCAUCUGGGGAGGCUCUUCCAAAUGGGCUGGCUGAAGGUAGAUGAUCAUAAAAAUAAAUCCAUCAUCUCCCCAGGAAAACUGGUUGGUCUCAAUGUCUUCAGUCAGUUUUAUGUAGGUGGCUACAGUGAAUACACUCCAGUUCUCUUACUGAAUGGAGCGGAUUUUAAAAAUGGCUUUCAAGGUUGUAUUUUCACUAUUCAAGUUCGCACUAAGAAGCACGGCCAUUUCAGACGGCUGGGAAACCCCGAGGGCCACCCAGACGCUGGGCACAGCGUUGGCCAGUGUGAUGGUUCUCCGUGUAGUUUAAUGACAUGUGGCAAUGGUGGAACAUGUAUAGACAGUGGAUCUACUGUUUACUGUGACUGUCCCACUGGGUGGAAAGGAGCCUUCUGCAUGGAGACAGUCUCCGCCUGUGACCCUGAACAUGACCCUCCACCCCAGUGUAGCAAAGGAGCCACUUGUGUCGCACUGCCUUAUGGCUACGCCUGCUUCUGUCCUCUAGGAACCACGGGAAUCUUCUGUGAACAAGCUUUGUCUAUAAGUGAUCCAUCUUUCAGAAGCCAUGAAUUAUCCUGGAUGUCUUUUGCGUCCUUUCGUAUUCGAAAAAAGUCACAUAUUCAAUUGCAGUUUCGGCCUCUUUCUGCAGAUGGCAUCCUGUUUUAUGUUGCACAACACUUAAAAGCACAGUCAGGUGAUUUUUUAUGUAUCUCUUUAGUCAAUGGUUCCAUUCAACUUCGCUACAACCUUGGUGACGAAACUAUUAUUCUAGAAGCUCCCCAAAAAGUAACUAUUAAUGGAAGCACUUGGCAUGUGAUUAAAGCAGGAUGAGCUGGUGCAGAAGGCUACCUGGAUGUGGAUGGAAUAAAUGUGACAGAAAAAGCCAACGUCAAAAUGAGCUCCCUGGACACAAAUACUGACUUCUAUCUUGGAGGAGUGUCAUCCUUACAUCUUGUAAAUCCCAUGGCAAUAGCAAAUGAACCUGUAGGUUUUCAAGGUUGUAUCCGAGAAGUUAUUAUCAAUCAUCAAGAAUUACAAUUAACUGAAUUAGGAGCAAAAGGUGGCUCCAAUGUAGGUGACUGUGAUGGGACACCCUGUGGGUACAAUGUGUGCAGAAAUAGGGGUGAAUGUGUACUAAGUGGCACAACUUUCGCUUGCAGAUGUUUGCCACAUUGGACUGGAAAUACAUGUGACCAGUCUGUGUACUGUCUGAAUCAUCGUUGUCUCCACCCAUCUCUCUGUAUACCUGACCGACCACUCUCUUACCGUUGUUUGUGUACUUUGGGUUGGGUGGGAAGGUAUUGUGAAAACAAAACUUCAUUUUCAACUGCAAAAUUUAUCGGCAGUUCUUACAUUAAGCACAUUGAUCCAAAAUACAGAAUAAGAAACCUUCAGUUCACUACUGUAUCAUUAAAUUUCAGUACGACAGAAAGAGAAGGCUUACUUGUGUGGGUAGGAAAAGCUCAAAAUGUAGAAAAUGAUUUUCUGGCAAUUGGUCUUCAUAAUCAGACCUUGAAAAUAGCAGUUAACUUAGGAGAAAGCGUUUCUGUACAUAUGAUUUAUAGCAAUGACACACUCUGUUGUAAUAAAUGGCACCAUAUACUUAUAAUUCAAAAUCAGACUCUUAUUAAGGCCUACCUAGAUGACAAUCUAAUUCUCUCUGAGGAUAUUGAUCCACACAAAAAAUUUGUUGCUCUAAACUAUGAGGGUGUCAGUUAUCUAGGGGGCUUUGAAUAUGGUCGAAAGGUAAAUAUUGCUACUCAAGAGAUUUUUAAAAGAAACUUUGUUGGGAAAAUUAAGGAUGUAUAUUUUCAGGAUUCAAACAAAGUCGAGUUAAUUAAAUCAGAAGGAUACAAUGUUUAUAAUGGAGAUGAACAAAAUUAGUCUACAGGUCUCAAAUUUCGGUAUAAAACAGGUUCUAAAUAA